AUGAAGACGACAAGCCGCGAAAUUGCUGCGGCGAUAGCGCUGCUGUGUGUAUCCCUGCUGGCGGCUAAGACAGCAGCACAUACCGUCCACGUGAAGGUUCAUGGAUCGUACCUGCGCCACCGUCGCGAAAGUCCGCAGAAGGUGCUUGAGACGACUGAAUCGACUGAGUCGGCUGAAUCAGCUGAGACCAUUGACUGGACGGGUCAAGGCCUGGCAUCGUGGAGUGAAGUGGAAAGCAACUUAACCUCGACAGUCGAGACGCUGAACGUAUCGUCCAAUGUGUUGGGUGCAGUUGUGUUUGCACGGACAUUUGAAGAGCUACAGACGCUGGCUUGCUCGAACGCGUCUCUGACCCAGCUGAACGUGAAUAUGACAUACUUGGAGACGCUCAUUGCGUCGGCCAAUCGAUUCACAUCCUUUAAAGAUGUUGUGCUGUCGACGACAAUUGAGGAGCUUGACCUAUCAGUGAACCAGUUGUCGGACUGGGAGAGCUUUACGUUACCGCGAGACUUGCAGAUAUUGAACGUCAGUCACAACGCUAUUAGGGACAUUACCGGCUCCAAUUUAUCAGCUGCGACGGACUUGGUGUCGAUAGACUUGUCGUCGAAUGGUCUGACAUCUGUGGUUGGUGUAAUCCUCCCAAGCAACCUCACUACGUUGGAUCUCAGCAAUAACAGCAUCGAAGCCUUCGAAGUUCGUGAGACCGACUUCGCUGUGCUAUCGAACCUCACCUCGUUCAAGAUGGACGAUCUGGAGCAAUCGGGUUGUCCUUGUAGCAGUGCGACUUCUGAAAUGAUUGGCAACGUCCAGACUAUUUACUUCCGCACUGAGAGUGCGUGGAAGAUAGACAAGAGUUUGCAAUACGUGAGUGUGAUCUUGAGUGCCUUGAUUAGCCUUUGGUUCGUGGCACUUCUAGUGGGCCAUUCAAUCCAGAGGCAUCGGCAUGCGGCUAAAACGGACGAGCAGCAACGCGAUACGGUAGAGUUCUCCACUCUUACGGCAUCAAGACACUGGUCGCUAUCGAAGAAGGAAGAAAUGCCCAACGACGUUCGCUUUGACUCGGAAUUCACGUCGUUACGCAUUGAUCCGUCAGAUGUGAUGCAAGUUCGUACGCUGGCGCAUGGCAGCUUUGCGAUGACAUCGCUCGUGCAUCUCGGGGACAAGCAAGCUGUCAUGAAGAAGGUUUCGGUUCAUUCUCAGGGCCAGGAUCGCGACCAGAUGGUAGCGUUCAUGGACGAAAUACGCGUGUACGCGAAGCUGGAACAUCCAAAGGUGGUGGGUUUUCUUGGUAUUAUGUGGGCCAGUCUCUCGGAUCUCUCGGCUAUCGUGGAGUACGUUCCACGCGGGAGCGUUGGGGCGUAUCUGAAAGAGAAAAAGCACUCUCGAAAGUCUUCACGAUCGACAUUCUCGUGGCUGGAGGUAUCCGACGUAUCCCCAAGCAAACUUUCUAUUGCCUUGCAAGCGUCCGAGGCUCUCGUGUAUCUGCAGAGCUUUGCACCUCCAAUUAUCCACGGACAUUUAAAAGCCGAUAGUCUGUUGCUUGGAUCGGCGUGGGAAGUUAAGCUGAAUCGACUUGGCUACAGGCUGGACGCAUCUUCGUUAUCAAUUGAAGAUCGGGCGUGGACAGCUCCGGAAGUUCUGACGAGUGGUGCGUUUGAUGAGAAGUCAGACGUUUACUCGUUUGGGGUCGUCAUGUCCGAAUUAGAUCGUUGCAAACCACCGUUUUCACGAAAGGAUUCGCGACGUCAAAGCGUUGAUGGCGGAGCCCCCCUUCAACCCAAAUUUCGAGACGAUUGUCCGCCAGAGAUUCUAGAUAUCGCCCAUAGCUGUCUAAAGGACGACCCUGCCGACCGCCCCACUGCCAUGGAACUUCACUACUCUUUUCGGCAGUUUCAACGUCAAAGUCAGGAUCAACGCUGA